AGACCUGAGUUCCAUACAUAAAAUUCAAUUCGAAAAGGACUGGCGUUCUCGCGAAAAAUUGACCAUGGGAGUUUGGGAAAAUGUGAAAGACUUCGGGAAAUAUUCAAACCAAUAUUUGGCAGCUUUCACAGUCACCCUGCUCACAUUUUCCGUAAUUGCAUCAUACGGGUGGACCUCGCCAACGCUACCGAUCCUGCUAGCGGAUGAUUCCCCACUGCCCAUCACCCCAGAUGAGAGCUCAUGGAUCGUGUCGAUACUGGUCCUUGCGUCCAUUGCCGGGCCCAUACCGACGGCGUGGUCUAUCGACAAAUUCGGCCGCAAAUACACCAUGCUUUUCGCCGCUAUCCCAGCCAUCAUCGGAUGGAUUCUGAUCGGCGUGGCCGAAUCCGUUCCAGUCCUGUACGUUUCUCGGUUUCUCAGUGGGAUUUCGUAUGGAAUGUCAUACUCGUCGCUGCCAAUCUAUCUCGGUGAAAUCGCCUCUGAUCCUAUCCGAGGUUCCAUCGGCACGCUGCUCACCGUGAUGGCUAAGGCAGGUAUUCUCGUAGAAUACAGCAUCGGACCUUUCGUUGGCUUCCGGACUCUUGCUUGGAUUUCUCUGGCUUUCCCAACAUCCUUCUUCCUGCUGUUUAUAUGGAUGCCAGAAUCACCGUACUACCUUCUGGCGAAGAACAACGAUGAAUCGGCCCAGAAGAGCUUGAGCUGGCUUCGUAAACGCGACGAAGUUACCGACGAACUAGCCAUGAUGAAGGCAGCCGUGGAACGAUCCAAACAGAACAAAGGAACAUUCCGCGAACUGCUAACACGGGGCAACCGACGAUCGCUGAUUAUUGUUAUGGGAUUGGGAGCUCUUCAACAACUCUGCGGUAGCCAAGCUAUCAUUGCAUAUUCGCAGCAAAUCUUUGAAGAAGUUCAAAGUGGCUUACAAGCUCACGAGUCAUCGAUCAUUAUGGCAGUUAUCCAGCUGACAACAGCAGCAUGCUCGUCAUCUAUCGUAGAUAGAGUUGGCAGAAGACCACUCUUACUUCUUUCAACUGCUGGCUGCGCUAUAGGAACAUUCAUCGUGGGGCUGUACUUCUUCCUGCAACACCAAGAAGUCGAAGUUCAAAGCGUCAGUUGGAUUCCAUUGGUCGUGAUAAUGCUGUAUAUCAUUUCGUACACCAUCGGUUUGGCAACGGUGCCAUUUGCAAUUUUAGGCGAACUGUUCCCGUCCAACGUGAAAGCCAUAGCUGCUGCCAUGUAUACGAUGGUUGCAUCGUCCAUUGGCUUUGGCGUGGCAAAACUCUAUCAGGUCAUAUCCGACGAGCUUGGGACGUACGUAUCGUUCUGGAUCUUCGCGUUAUCUUCGUCGCUAUUUCUGAUUUUUGUGUUCGUGCUUGUGCCGGAAACGAAGGGCAAGUCAUUGGAUGAAAUUCUCGAACAAAUGCAUGCAGGGCAAAAUAGGAGUUUGAACUGUGGUAGCUGCUGUGGUCGAAAGAAGUCAGUUAAAUUGUAGAAGUAUUGUGAUCUGGUAGAAUACUUAAUAAAAAA